AUGUCAAAAAAAAAUAAUUCUGCUAUCCACUGUUCGGCUAUUCCAUUUUUGAAGUCGGAGGAGCGGAACUCUGCCCACAAUCGCAAAUUAGCCUUUCACAAGGUGAAGGUUUUCACUCCGCUUCAACACUUACCACUUACAAGGUUUCAGCUAGGGUGCUGCUAUGUUCUAGCUAUUCGUGGAGGCACGACGAGUAGAGUCUUAUGA